UCAGUUAGUUCGCACGUCGUGUUACCGAGUUAACGCGCAACGCCUGUUGGACGCGAUCGUGAAACAAUAGUAUGUGUUAAGUGUCCUGACAACGACCACGAUGAAAGGUAGACACCAAUUUCGACGCAGAUUCAGUCUACAGCCCUCAUUUUUGAAAGAAGAGCCCGAGGAAGAGAGAAGACCGCACAGCCGGGCUGAGAGGACUGAAGACACGGUUGCCAGUAACCUAACCAACAAUGCGGUUAGACACAAGAUCGUUGUCCUCGGAGCUGCUAAAGUUGGAAAGUCUUCAUUGAUCACACAAUUCCUAUACGGAACAUUCUCUUUUAAAUACAAACGAACAAUUGAAGAAAUGCAUCAUGGCGACUUCAAUGUAUCUGGGGUACGAUUGACAUUGGAUAUUUUGGAUACAUCAGGUGCAUAUGAGUUCCCCGCUAUGCGCACCCUAUCCAUGCAAUCUGCGGACGCAUUUAUCCUUGUCUAUGAUAUAACGGAUGCGAACAGCUUUGCUGAAGUACGCGCGCUCAGAGAUCAAAUCCAUGAAGUGAAAGCGAGCACGGCCGUGCCUAUAGUUGUGGUUGGGAAUAAAGUUGAUUUAGCCGAAACUGGAGAGAGAGAGGUUGAAUUCCACACAACGGAGUCUGUGGUGACAGUAGACUGGGAGAACGGGUUCGUUGAAGCGUCAGCAAAAGACAACAUUAACGUAUCCCAAAUCUUCAAGGAGCUGCUGGUCCAGGCGAAGGUUAAAUAUAAUCUGUCACCGGCGCUACGACGGAGACGACGUCAGUCUCUACCCACCGGACCCCAAGGACCACCAGGGUCUAGCAACUCUGCAGCAUCACCUGCACAACCCCAUGUACCCUCGCCAGCUCAGCUUGCGCAUUUACAACAAAUACGAGAGCGUCAUGCUAACAGCAAACGUAACUCUUGCGUUAUUUCUUAAA